CACUUGCAGAUACAAGUGCUGAAGAUCAAACAGAGGAACAAGAGGAACUUGGCAAUAUGAACCGUGGUCCACUAUCCCUAGAUGAUUGAUAGUUUGACUGUUUGAGAAAAACCAGUGCAAAGAACAAAUGGAACUUGUGACAAAGGAGGAAUGUUGUUCAAAUCAGUUGAGGUCGAGGAAAGUUGGUCUCCAGCGUGGAUGCCUUUGUUUUUCAUUUUAUCAUUUCUGAACGAUUAG